UUUUAUUGUUCUGCUUAUACAGACAGAUGGCUUUUAAUUCUUGACUGACACUGGUGCCUAUUGGACUUCUGUUUUCCAUCUCUAUCAAGUAAUCACCAGUGUAAUGUGGGGAAAAGAGGAGGAAAAUAGAAGCAAGACCACUUAACUUGUUCAAAAUAGGCUGAUGGGGAUGAGGGCAGGAGACAGAAGUCACCUGCAUUCUCCUGUGCACUACUGAGACGAAAUGACAUUCAUGUUUGCUGUGAAUGGAAGUCAUGGCAGCACCUAACAUGGGAGGGAGAGGCAUGAGUGGACAAUGUGGCGUGACUCAUUCAGAUUGCAGAUCUUCUGCCUGCUUAUGGCAGUACUGGCUAUUGUGGUGCUGGUCCACAAUUUUUUUCAGUUAGAGCACCUGGAUGAUGACACAGUUUCAGGAUCAAAUUGGAUAACAGAAAACAAUGUUGAGCGUUCUCUAUCACAGACAACUAAAACUGCCAGGAAACCUUAUUGUGGUUAUAAGCAGCAGACUUUGUCCAAAAGAGAACAAGUAGAACAGGAAUCAUUGCUUGCUGCAAUACAGUGGCCAAAGUUGCCUAACAGCAAAAUUGCCUUUGUACAAAGCACUGAUCCCGCACAUAGUGACUUUGUGAUUGUGAAGCCCAGCAGGUUCUUCAAGGUGGGUGAUCAGUUAGAGGUGCUUGUUCAUAUGAAGGAUUUCCAAGGAAAACCUAAGCAAUAUGGUGGCGACUAUCUACAGGCACGAAUUCACUCUCCUCUGCUGAAAGCUGGAGCAACAGGAAAGAUUGUAGAUUGCCACAAUGGCCUUUACAAAGUCUUCUUUACCUUGCUUUGGCCAGGGGAGGUCAAAGUUUCUGUAUCACUUGUCCAUCCGAGUGAAGCAAUCCAAGUCCUCCUGCGUUUACGAGAAGAAAGGCCUGACAGAGUCUAUUUCAAAAGCUCAUUCAAGUCUGGGAGGUAUUCAGAAACUACUGAGUGUAAUAUUUGCCUGCCUGGAGGUCUCCCAGUCUGUAACUUCACAGAUCUCUACACGGGUGAGCCAUGGUUCUGUUACAAGCCUCGAAAACUCCCCUGUGCCAGCCGAAUCAGCCAUGCCAAGGGUGGAUAUCAAAAAGGUCUUCUGACACGAGAAGAAAGCCUCUUUUUCCAAAGUGAUGUGAAUAUCAAAAGGCCAAUACUCUCCAGUGGACCUGAUUCAGUGAUAGUAAAGCCCAAGGCAUUUACAGAUUCAAGCAGUGUAGACAGAGCUGAAGAUUCUAUGGCUUCACCUGCUGGUUAUUAUUAUGAAGAUCAGUGGAGGUCCAGAACACAUUGGAUCCAUCAUUUUAACAAGUCAGAUGAUAUAACCAAGUGCUUACAAGGAAAAGUAAUCCACCUGUUUGGAGACUCUACAAUAAGGCAGUGGUUUGAAUAUCUGACAGCAUUUGUUCCAGAUCUAGUGGAAUUUAACCUGGGGAGUCCUAAGAACGUGGGGCCUUUCAUGUCUGUGGAUCUGAAGCACAAUAUCCUAGUGAAGUUCCGCUGUCAUGGGCCACCCAUUCGCUUCUCCACAGUCUUUAGCAGUGAGCUGCGCUACAUUGCCAAUGAACUGAAUGGCAUAGUGGGUGGGAGAAACACAGUGAUAGCCAUAACUAUAUGGUCCCACUUCAGCACUUUCCCUGUGGAAGUGUAUAUUCAGCGGCUGAGGAACAUUCGGAGAUCAAUUAUUCAAUUGCUGGAUCGCAGCCCCAAGACUUCAAUCAUCAUCAGAACUGCCAAUGUUCAGGAGCUUGGGCCAGAAGUGAGCCUCUUUAACAGUGAUUGGUAUUCCUUUCAGCUUGAUUCUGUAAUGAGAAAAAUGUUCUCAGGAAUUGCUGUGCACUUUGUGGAUGCUUGGGAGAUGUCUCUGGCUCACUACCUGCCACAUAACUUGCACCCAAAAGAAAUAAUUGUUAAGAAUCAAAUAAAUGCAUUUUUAUCUUACGUGUGCCCUUUGCAAACUUAGCACAAGUAGGUACCCUUAUGUCAUCUUUUGCUAUAGCUGAAGUAAAGUUGCUCUUUGUUGGAGCAAUUGAGGUAGGCUGGGUGGUACAGAAGAACUCUGGUUAUUGUACUUGCAUGCAGUAUAAGUGGGUGGCCUUAUCUCUGGGUAGCUGUGAAGUGUGGUAAAGAGGAGUUGAUUGUUCAGGCCAUAUCUUCCUGCAAGGCUGAUUCCUGUCAACCUUACCAUUCAUAUCUGAGAUUAGAGAGCACUUUAAAUUAAAUCAACAGGAUUCGAUAAGAAAUUACGUGGAUUAUUAGCUUUACUAGUUGUCUGUACUGUAUGCUUAGCUUAAUCCAUAUGACACUGAUUUUGUUGUCAGAGUCUUGCUGCUCAGAAUUGUGUGUCAAGUCUGCGAAAGAUUUUGGGAGCAGUCUUUCAGUGUUCUAGUGUUUGAGGGACAUCUCUCUCCAGAUGUAUGUCAGAGAAGCACAGUGUCUGUUCUUGUUUCAAAGUCCUAAUUAGAAAUGUGAAGGGAGUGUACCAAAAUCGCUAAUGUCAAUCAAGGAAGCAAAUCAAAGUAACUAUAAUAUUAAGUCAUCACAAAUUUGCUGAAAUAGAGUACACAAGUUAGGCAACUUUGGUGUUCACAGAUGGCUGCUAAAUAAUGCAAAUAGCCAGUAUUUUAGCUUGAUAUCCUGUACUACUGAAUUUCUUCUGAGCUUUGGUACACUGUCUACUUCUUGAUUUGUCUGUAAUGGAGAAAUGUGUGUAUUAUGACCUCAGUGAAGACACUGUCUCAGGCAGUUUCUGCAAGUUCAAGUUGCAGGCUCACUUACUUGAAGCUUGAAGCAUUUACUAAUAAAAGUGUUUCCCUUCCCUGUAAGAUAAAGCUCUUCACUUAUGUUCCUGUGAAGCUGGGCUUCUGAUAAUUACUCUUCUGCAUCAUUCAUAUGUUGUGUCUGUGCGGAGAAGCUAAGUGAUGUGAAUGCACUUGGUGAUUUGGCACUGGGUAACGGUAACUGGCACACACUAGUGCCAAGGCCAUGCUAUGGUGCCCCUUCUGAUUUCUUCAUGAGCUUCACUGCUGCCAAUAUAAAAGGUCAAAAAAAUUGCACCCAAAAGCCUAGCACACAGAGAGUUGCCCUUGGUGAAUAUCGGUGGUUUUGCUGGUGUGAAAGCUGGUGGCUCUUGUGCCUCUUGGUGUGGUUGUUUCUGCUGCUCACUUGAUUGAGCCUGUCUAUAGCUUUAGCUAGUAGCACUUUGAAAAUUCAGCCCCGAAGUUAAGCAGCAGUAUUCCAUGAUGUCUUAUUUCUGGACCUCCUCAGGCCAAAGUUUGUCUUUACCAUCUGCUUUGCUGAGAAAUGUGUCAGAACAGUAGAGGAGUGCUUCUGAAGAAGCUCAUCACUCUUAAGGAGAAUGGGAAAGCUGAGUCUUUGUGAGCAAACUAAGAAGAAUAAUGAGGCCAAUUGGUAGUGGCCCAGAGUGGCAUAAUUGAAAUGUCUUCAUAUUAGAAACAUUUUACUCUUUGCCAAGUUUGCUGCUAUGUUAGGAAGGUUGUGCUCUUAUUGCUGGAGCCCCAAGAGAGCUGCUACUACUAACCACAGGAACAGUGGUUUUAUUCUGUUUAUUUUAAAGGACAGCCAAGAACUGUUUUGAAAACAAAUGUAAAUGCUUUUAGGAUGUAAGAGACUGUCAAUAAUAUCCAUCUAGAAACUUACAAAUUUUAGAAUGUUUUAAAAUGACUGGAGGAGUUGCAUACACUGAAAUAGCAUUUUUACCUAGCUUUUCACAUCAGAAUUAAGGAGGUCCAAUUUGCCAGUUCCUACUGACAGUUGAUUCACAUAGAUUUGUUCAUACAUUAGCUUUAGGUAACUAUUUCUUUCUUUAAUAUGCUAAUGGAAAUUUAUUCUCUGCUAAAAAGAGACCACAGUAAUUCAGGUCUGGGAAGGUAAACCACCACAAUGCAAAAUGACUUUUCAUCUUUUCCAGCUGUGUUUUUUUAAAUAGAUAGAAUAUAAGAGUUUCAUCCUGGAUAACAAAUCUAUCAAAUAAUGUUAAUAAAAAUAAGACUUCAAACUUUUACUUCGAAAGAAACUACUUCAUUUGUGGACUAACCAUCUGGUUUUCCUCAUAAAGCCAUUAUCAUGUGUGAAAGUGUUGUGGCAGAGUGUUUCAUCUCCAAAUGUUGUAGUGCUCAGCAUUGCUCUGUAACAGCAGCUUUGUAUUGGUGUUAGCUUCCAAGAACAGAGAAGAAUAUUUUUUUGACUGUUUUUAUAAUUGAGGGAAGGAGAACAGGGUUGGCAUUAGCAAAGAUGUCUAAUUGCCUUCUGGUAGAACCUCUCCCUUUUAGAUUAAUUAGAUUAAUUAUUUAAUAACAGAUGAACUAACUUUUAGGAAAUGCACUUGAGAGAAAUUGCCAGUUGAUUUGGAAUGAGGACCAAUAAUUCAUUUCUUUGGGCUUUGGAAUAGACAGGGGGGAGAAAGGGAGAAACUGAGACUUUACUCUUGUUUUAAGAUGAAGGCUGGGGACACUAUGCUUUUAUAUGUCAUUCAGUUGAACUAUAAAGGAUUUUUCAUUUCUAUUCUCAUCUUAUUACCAGUUAUAUAUGUACCAUAUAUAUGGAAACAUAGAAGCAAUAAAAUAUUUUUAAAUUGGUUUCUUUAAGCCUCUAAGUUUCUAAACGGAUUUUAAUAGGAAUUUAAGGGGUUGUUUAUUUUUCAGGUUACUUAAUAUGAAACAGGACUGGAAAGGAACUUCUCAAUCGUCAGCUGAAUAUCUUUUUGCAUGUAAAAAUUUAUUUAAUGAGUUUUUGAAAGCCCCAUCUUCCUUUCCAUUUUCUUCAUUUGAAGGGAAGAAAUUGUAUUAUUUUUUAAUAUCUUCAUUCUUGUCCUGAGCCUUUUGAUUAUUAACCUUUCAAUACAGAGAUUUUUAUUCUUUUUAAAUUUCUUUAUUCAAAUAAAUAAAUCCCAAUGAAGAAGUAUUCUUGUGGUGUUUAUCAGAAGAUUUCAGAGCAGUCCAUUUAUAAGAUACAAACCCUCCAUUUUAUGGAUUGGGCUGAUUCAUGGUGAUUUUCUGCACCUGUUAUUUUGAGAAUCUUGUUUUUCAUAUCUACCAUAUUAAGCUGAUUUUUUGUUCUAGAGAUUUAGUAAAAGCAUUAGUUGAAUUGUUGGUGAAAAGAAAGGAUAAAAAGUAAAAGUUUCCCUUUUUUAAGGUUUUCAAUUGCUGGUAAUUCCAUCUGCUAUGCAGCACUAUAGCUUUACAAGAUUCAAUUUAUCUUUUUUCAUUGUUUUACUUGUUAGAGGUAAGCUUUUAAUAAUGGGAUCUUUGCUUACUAGAAGGGUUUGUAGGGCUUUUUAUGUACUACAGGCAACAAUUCCAUGUAUACAUGACAAAACCCAAUGAUUUGAAGUUAAUUCCUGAGAACGGUGAGAGUACUGUGGUUCUGCUUUGGCUUUGUUGCAAAAGUGUGGGUUAAAAUGUUGUUCCACUCAUGACAGUUUAAAUAAUAGCAAAAACUUAAAUCAUCACAAAUGUGUAUUUAUUGUUUAAAGCACUUAGUUGUUAAGUCCAGAUCACUUCAUGCUUAGUCUAUACUCAUAUAUUUAGAAUGUCUGCAAGGCUCUUGUUAUCUCUUGGUAGCAGAGAAGAACUCUGUGUGUUAGAGAACUUGUUUUCAAAAGGAUUUUUUUUUUCCAUGUAUAUUAUUGAAAUACUUACAAUACAAAGAAGGCUCUAACGUCUUUUUAUUUCCUAAUUUAAAUCAUUUAAAAAGCCAAAAAGCUCAAAAAUAAAAAGUUCCUAAUAAAGAGGGCAAGCUUACUUGAACUCUUUCAUCUGA